UCGCGAGAUUUUUGGCUCUGGAGAGACUUUGGAUGGGAAGGAGAACUUUUGCACGGGAAGGAUCAGUGUUUUUGGAGUGUCAAGGAUAUUACGGCUCAUAUACUUUGCUUUUCACCGUUCAGUUGUCAAGAUAUCGGACUAGUAUCCAUUUCUCAUCUACAGCGAAUUUUCCUCAAGAAGAGAUGAGCUUUUUAUUUGGAAGCCGCUCAUCAAAGACGUUUAAGCCGAAGAAGAACAUUCCCGAGGGCUCACACCAGUAUGAGCUUCUGAAGCAUGCAGAGGCCACGCUGGGCAGUGGGAACCUGCGCAUGGCUGUCAUGCUGCCCGAUGGAGAGGACCUCAAUGAAUGGGUGGCAGUCAAUACUGUGGACUUCUUUAAUCAGAUCAACAUGCUGUAUGGGACCAUCACAGACUUCUGCACUGAGGAAAGCUGCCCACUAAUGUCUGCUGGACCCAAGUAUGAAUAUCACUGGGCCGAUGGAACCAACAUAAAAAAGCCAAUUAAAUGUUCAGCUCCGAAGUACAUUGAUUACCUGAUGACUUGGGUCCAAGAUCAGCUUGAUGAUGAGACACUUUUCCCUUCAAAAAUAGGGGUCCCUUUCCCAAAGAAUUUUAUGUCUGUGGCCAAGACCAUUUUGAAGAGACUCUUCCGUGUUUAUGCUCACAUCUACCAUCAGCACUUUGACUCGGUCAUCCAGCUGCAGGAGGAGGCGCACCUCAACACCUCCUUCAAGCACUUUAUCUUCUUCGUUCAGGAGUUUAAUUUGAUUGAUCGGAAGGAACUCGCACCCCUUCAGGAGCUGAUUGAGAAGCUCACAUCCAAGGACAGAUAAAUCUGCUCUUCCCAUCAACAACAUCUCUGAUUUCUCUGUACAGGCAGCCUGGCUUUGUUCUCUGUGAUUGACAGGUGUGUGGGAAGGUUUCCUUCAAGAGUUGGGAAAAGGCUGAUUCCAAAAAAAUAAGAAUAAAAAGCCCUUCAUAAGCCACAACUCAACCAUAGGUCAAAGUCAUAGUGGAAUUGUACUCCUUUUGACAUCAUCUCACUCUCAAACACGAUCUAAGUGCCUGAUAUGUCCAUUUUCAAAAUUGCUCAUUUGUAAAAAAAAAAAAAAAAAAAAAAAAAAAAAAAAAAAA